AUGGCUGCAUUCUCAGUGUCCAGGUACUUCAUGGCUCUUUUUCUACUCAAUUUUUACUUGAAAAUUCAAGCUGAAGACCCAAAAAGUAUAUCAUUUUCUUUUAAGAAUUUUGGUGAAGACUCAAAUUUUACGUCACAGCUUGCUCUUUAUGGUGGUGCCAUGGUUGAAAAAGACAGUAUGUCAAUUCAAAUCACUAGUUCAAUGGUUUCUAGUGUUGUGUACAAGAAACCCAUUGAGGUUGUUGAAGGAAAAACAAGGAAAAUGUUGUCUUUUUCUAUGUAUUUUGUGUUCUCAAUCUCUAGAGAAAAUGGAGAGGGUUUGGCCUUUAUUAUGAUUCCCAACAUUGGGUUGCCCUUGAAUAUUUUUAAAGGUGGCUCUAUUGGGUUGUUCAAGGCAAGAAAGUUUAGGUUUCUUGGUGUUGAAUUUGAUACUCUAAGUAACCAUGUUGGGGUUGAUAUUGAUAGAUUCGUGUCUGUUAAAGUGGCCAAUGUUUCAUCAAUCAAUUUGGUGCUAAAUAGCGGUGAAAGAUUGCAAUGUUGGAUUGAUUAUGAAGCAAGUUCUAAAAGAUUAGAGGUGAGGUUGAGUAAAUUAGGCGACAUUAGGCCGGUCGAUCCAUUGCUUUCGUAUGGUAUAAACUUGUCACGAAUGUGGAAAGAGGAGAAAUUUAUAGUCGGGAUGAGUUCAUUGGGUGCAAAUUCGUCGCAGAAGUGCAAUGUGUAUUCGUGGAGUUUUAGGACAAGAAGUGUUCCACAAUGGAUGCAUUCGGAACCAUUAAAUCCUGAGGCGUUUACGAAGAAACAAAAAGUGGUGAGUGUUCACAAGAGAUCAAGUGAUUGUGGUUUGAAAAUCCUAGCUGCAUUGAUAUUUGGUACUGGAUGUGGAGCAUUGGGGGCCUUCAUUGUGUUGUUUUCCUGGACUAUUUUUGGAAAUAGACGACCCGUGGUUCCACAGGAAUUUGUUAUGCAACCUAAGGAGUUUGAGUACACCAGGUCGAAUGUUGCAGCAGAUACCACCAUCGAAGAUGGUCACAAGUAG